AUGUCGGUUCUCUACCUCACUCUCAUCGCAGCUCAGCUGUACGCUUCCUGCCUCUCCAUCACGGCCACCAUGUCCACCUUCGCCGACCCAGACAUCCUCCUCAAGACCUGGAAGAAGCCAGCGAUGAGCCUGGCCUACAAACUCGCGCCCCUUACGGCCCUUUCUCAUUCACUACCAAACUUCAAGACCAACUCGUCAUCGAUGAGUACCACCCUCAGGACUACACACGCCGCAGCUACCAGCGGGCAUGUGUGCGACAAGCUUCCGUCCCUCGUUGAGAUGCCAAUGGGCGGCAUGCAGUGCGCAGUCAUCUAUGUUUGCGUUUCAUAG